GAUAACAUAUGGGUUGGAAGUUCCUUCUCUGUGGUCAGUUGCUCUCUGCCUGAUUUCAUUACUGGGGUUCCAGUGAGAUUUCUCCUCAGUCCUGUGACACCAAAAUCUGCAACUCUUACCCAUGACAGGAAGCUUCAACCACCCAACUCUCCUUCCCGUUUUACUUGUAGGAAGCCAGGGCCAUUCACUGUGCUAUGCUGUGGAUAGUGCUACUGCUCUUGCUGUGUACAGACUCCCUGGUUCAGGAUUUAGAAUUCCAGCUGGUGGCGCCCAAGUCGGUGACAGUAGAGGAGGCCUUGUGUGUUCAUGUGCCCUGCAGUGUUUCUUACCCCUCCAUUAGGCCCACUUUUGGACCUGUCACUGGCUACUGGCUCCUGAAAGGGACGAGUCUCCAUGAAGAUUCUCCAGUGGCCACAAAUGACCCCAGACAACUAGUGCAGAAGGCAACACAGGGCCGAUUCCAACUCCUUGGAGACCCACAGAAACAUGACUGUUCCCUGCUCAUCAGAGAUGCACAGAAAAAUGACACAGGAGUGUACUUCUUCAGAGUGGUUAGAGAACCUUUUGUGAGAUAUUCUUACAGAGCAAACCAGCUGUUGCUGCAUGUGACCCCUCUAUCACGGACUCCUGACAUCAUAAUCCCGGAAACCCUGAGAGCUGGCCAUCCUAGCAAUCUGAGCUGCUCUGUGCCUUGGGCCUGUGAGCAGGGGACACCCCCUACCUUCUCCUGGAUGUCAGAUGCCCUCACCUCCUUGAGUUCCAGAACCACAAACUCCUCAGUGCUGACACUCACACCUCGGCCCCAGGACCAUGGUACCAAACUCACCUGUCUGGUGACCUUCUCUGGAGCAGGCGUCACUGUGGAAAGAACCAUCCGCCUCAAUGUUACCUGGAAAUCAGACCAGAUGAGACAGGUGGUCCUGGUGGCUGUCGGGGAGGCAGCAGUCAAGCUCCUGAUUCUUGGGCUCUGUCUCACACUUCUCAGUGUGGUGAUCUGCAGGAGGAAGGCAACAAAACUGUCGGUGCACAUGAACUGUGAAAAUCCCUACCAAGGCUCACCCGCAGGACUCCAAGGUGCACAGCCAUGCUGAGAAUUCAAGACCCUUGAGGAAGGACUUACCUUAGGAACAGAGCAGUAUCUGAACUUAGAUUCCCCUGAAUUUCAUGGGGGCGAAGUCUCAGGAGUACCCAGAGAUCUAAGUUCACCAAGCUUUGCUCUUGUGUAAAGCACCUGUGUCCUCUAUGGCUCCCUGCAGAUAAUUCCUGGAUCCCGCUGAUUCCAACAGACAAUGGAUUACGCUGCUGUGUGAGUCUCACACUCUGUUGACCAUGUCUGACUUUACAAUAAGAGACCUGGGACUGAGUCUGUGUUUCUUAAUUCACAUCAUCAGAGGUCGUUCCCUCUAUUUUUGGUUUUUGUACUCAGUAUAAUGGGCUCCUGCCUUCUCCUCCUGCCUCACCUCUCUUUCUCCUUCCCUCUCUCCACAUCUCUCAUAUGGAGGAAUAUACACAAGUGUGGGACAAUGCUCUUGCGCAUGAGUACCAUGAAGACCAGAGGUCAAAGUUCAGUGUCUUCUUCUAUUGUUUGCUACAUUGUCGUCGUUGUCGUCGUCAUCAUCAUCAUCAUCAUCAUCAUCAUCAUCCUGACAUAGGAUGUGGUGGUUUGAAUAAAAAUGGCCCCCAUUGGGCACAAUUA